UAGCAGCAGUGGCUGCGGAGAUGUACGAACUUCCGGUUGUCCCAGCCAUCCGCUACCACCGGCGGAGCGGCCCGGCGCAGUCUCCUCAGGCUGCUCUGUGCGGGGAGUCGGCCCUUGGCCGGUUCCGGGCGCCCAUGGUCGGCGCUGCGGACCGGGAGGCCGGCCCGGCGGCUGCGGCGUGCUGAGAGGGCGGCGUGGGGGCGAUGCCGACCCCGCGCGGCUACUCCGGGCCUUGCCGGCUCCGGGCUCUGGCCCUCGUCCUGCUCUUGUUCCCCGUGCUGAGCGGGUCCGGGGCGGUGCCUUCGGCCGCAGCCAGGGCGGCGCCAGGAUCCGGGCCUCCCGAGCCCGGGCCGCGCACGCUGGCCCCACUGCCUCCGGGCCCCACGGCUGCCCAGCCGCCAGGCCACGCUCAGGCUGAAGCCGCCGGCCCUCGGGGAACCGAGAGCCGCAAUGGCACCGGCCCCGGGGCGGGGUCGGAGGCGGAUGGCCUAGGAGGAAAGGCCGAGAAAGGCUCCCUGGGUGGCAGCCUGGCUGUGAGCCCCAAUCCUGGCGACAAGCCCAUGACCCAGCGGGCCCUGACUGUGUUGGUGGUGGUGAGCGGCGCGGUGCUGGUGUACUUCGUGGUCAGGACCGUCAGGAUGAGAAGAAGAAACCGCAAAACUAGGAGAUACGGAGUUUUGGAUACUAACAUAGAAAACAUGGAAUUGACACCUUUAGAACAAGAUGAUGAGGAUGAUGACAACACAUUGUUUGAUGCCAAUCAUCCUAGAAGAUGAGUAUGUGCCUUUCAUGAGAAGACUUCAUAUUUCUACUGAAGAACAGCGUUUCUAUGUCUAAGGAAUAAGAAGCCACUCUAUCAACGGGAGGGGAAUUUAAGUUGCACACAUUAUGACAACCGUUAAUUUGUUGAUGCGCAAUAAAUAAUUGUAUCAUUUUGUUAUAUCUUUGUAUAUUGGAACUGCUCUAUUUAUUAUUGGGCUCCACGAUGUUAGGGGCAAACUAUGCUGUACUGGAUUUUCUGUUUGAAAAUUAUUUUAAAUGUUGUUUUCAGAAUAGCUCUGUCCCUUCCUUUUAACCAUAAUAUUGUAAGUUGGUUUUCUUUAAGUACUAAUCAGUUCUUGUUACUGAUUUUUUUUUUCAGUGUCAUAAUUUAAAGAACUAUAAGCUGCAGCUAUCUGGUAUGAAAAAAUAAUUAAAACUUUACUAAAACAUUUCCCAUUUUUGUGGGGAAAAGCCAAAUUUAUUAUGUUAUUUUUGAAUUUUUAAAUAGUAAUAAUUAUCUGUGCUCUUGUAUGCAAAAGAAUAAAUAUUAUUUAAAAUUAUUUAGUGGUACAGGAAGAUUGUGUUUACAAAAUAAACACUGCAUAAUUAUCUAUUAACAAACGUGUGUUUUUAUAUUAUCUUUUCAUACUGAGUCCAAAAUGUAUUUUUCUGUAGUAUAGUGUCUGAUACCUGUAUUUCCAGCACUAAGGUAGGAGAUUUCUAGGCAUUUGAGGCCAAGUAUAACUGGAAGAGAGAAGGUUGAAUAUCAUCUUAGAGAGUAGAUAUUUUGGAAUUUCAAAUGACAUUUGUAGUGUAAUGUGAGAGAGUUAUUAAUACAAAUUAUAUGGGUAUAACUCUUAAGUCAUCAGAUACCAAGAGAUUGAAAUUUUUCACUGUCGACUUUGAAAUCAGGAAUUUAUAUAGAGACUAGCUUUAUUAUCUCACAAGACAUCCAAUCCCAUUCAGAUUAGAUUUUACAUAUUUUAAAAUUUAGAAGAAGACUUAAACACAAAGCAUGGGCAUAACAUCAGUGAGGUCAUUCAAAUGUGUGCUAGAAUGACAUAGUCCAUGGUCAUUGUGGCUUACAAUAAGGAUUUUUUAUUUAAUGUAUCAACUAUACUUUAUGGUCUCUAGUUGUUCUGUGUGUGACAUUUUCUCUGUAGCAAAAGUGAUCAAGAAAUCUACCUCGAUUGCUAAAUGUGGCUAUUUUAUAGGGUAGCACUUAUGCUGAUGAAAUAAUUUCAGUUCUGCCCUUCUUGUAUUGACUAAAGCUAACCUUAAGGCUACUCAACAAGACCACAAUAGACACUUGUCUAUCAAAGAGAAAAAAAUAAAAAAUAAAUAAAUAAAA